GCUAGUCAUUUGGAUGAUAUGCCAUAUUUGGACGUCCCUACUAAUGGUUAUGCUGUUACAAGAGUAGAAAAUUCAAAGAUACCUGAGAAGGCCUAUGAACCACCAAAGCGAUCUAGGAAUUUGAACGGAAGUUUGAGUCGAGUUAGAAAAAGGAGUAUGCAGGGUAUUGGAACUGUGAAUUCGAUACAACAACCUUCUACUUCAGUCUCGGUGAUAAGCACAAGUAGUGCCCCUGUUAAGAGCCGCAAACGUCCGCUGUACCAAAAAGAUUUCCUCUUAGAUUUAGAUGAUCAUCGUAGUCGUGAAGUUUUGAAGAAGGAAAUUGAAAAAUUAGGCGGUCGUGUUGUAGAAACAAUAGAAGAUAGUCCAAAGCUAUUUUGCUUGGUCUCGGAUUAUCGGUAUGCACAUGCUUUAGAGCGUAAAAAUGCUUCAAACCGAUUGAUUAGUUCCAACCUGCCAUUGUUACUGAAAGACGCUGUGAGCAGUGGUAUACGUAUUCAGUCCUAUGCAACAUUCCAACAGUGUCUUACUAAUUUUAAAAAUAAGAUUAAGAACGAGAAAAAAGUCGAAAACGCUCCAGUGAAGGCUCAACAGCAUUCUCAACAUGGCACAGUUUGGAAGCUUUCAAGUCCUUUCAUAAAACUGGAAGAUAGUUCACUACAUUACGCUCCUCUUUUCAAAGAGUUUUCGUCUACUCGCUACUUCGAACCUAUAUAUUUAGGCCAUUCAGCUGGGAAGUCUGUUUUUCAUAAGGUUACUCCAGAAAUGGCGGAACGGAGAUUGCGGGAAGAGAAGGAAUGUAAAAAACGUUUUCCAAGGUGGAGAAGUCGGUUAUGUUCAGGCUAUUGUGACAUCUGUGCCAGGAAUUGUAGUAACCUCCAACUGCAUUUCACAAACGAGGAGCAUCGUCGCCGUGUUAGCCAGCCAAGCUUUUAUGACCGUGUGGAUGCACUUUGUGGAUCUUUUACUCCUGAUAUUGUGGUACCGAACAUACCACUUCUGGAAAGGAAGAAAAGCCCAUCACCGCAACCUGCUCUUCGUAAGCGAUGUUGGAAAUAUGACUCCGAGUGA